ACCGACUAUAGGUAUUCACCGACUGCCAACCAUCUAGAGCAUUCUUGUCUUCUUGGAUUGAUAGCCACACAUCUCGCUCAUCAUGAUAUGACCCGAUCUAGUGGCGACCCCAAUUGACGGGUUGCACACAAGCACUGAGAUCCGUGUUUGCCUGACUUGUUUGCAACGGCUGCCGAGAUCAGUUGGAGUGUCCUCUUCGCCGGGGUCAACAGCUCCGUGACCCGUCGUUUUGGCCAACACCCCUGAAGCCCGACUAUCAUGGAGUCAACACUCGCCAGUGAGCCGGGAGGCUCAGAUGAUACCGCGCCGCAGCCUCAGCGUGAACGCCCUACCUCCUCGGUCCUAGACAUGGACAAGACAGACAAGAUCGACCGUGCCAGCUCCGUCGCGACGAGCAUGGACAUCCCGGCCGGUGGCCCCAAUGCUCACAAUCUGUCCCUCGGCGUGGGCAAUCACCUGAGUCUGGACGAUGUUGCACCAGUCGAUGUCCAGAUCCGCAACCUCAACGUGACCGUGGACACGUCCCCUUCGGUGUUGGAGCCGGCCACAUACCCGGCGCUGCUCAAGGACCGCUUCGGCCGCUCCAAGGCCGGGCCGGAACCUUCCUCGUACACCAAGGACCUGUUGUCUUCGGUCUCGGCGUCCCUCGCCCCGGGCACCCUCACCGCGAUCUUAGGGGGAUCCGGUUCCGGAAAGACGACCCUGCUGAACACGGUGUCUUCCAGGAUCGCUUCGUCUCGGCUCAGUCAGUCCGGCAGCAUUCUUUUUAACUCCCAGCCGAACAUUGAGGCGAUCCGCUCGGCGUACGUGACCCAGACCGAUAUUCUUCUGCCAACCCUGACGGCGCGGGAGACGCUACAGUACUCAGCCGAUCUGCGCCUCCCGCCACCCUCGACGUCCGAAGAGCGGCAACGCGUCGUGGAAGAGGUCAUCAUGGAGCUAGGGCUCAAGGAGGCGGCCGACACCCGCGUCGGAAGCACCACCCACCGCGGCCUGUCGGGUGGUGAGAAACGGCGCGUGUCCAUUGGUGUGCAGAUGCUCGCGAACCCGAGCGUGCUGUUCCUCGAUGAGCCGACCACGGGCCUCGACGCCAGCAGUGCCUUCCAGCUUGUCCGCACUCUCAAGAACCUUGCCGCCAAGGGUCGAACGGUCAUCGUCACCAUCCACCAGCCGCGGUCCGAGAUCUGGGGCCUGUUUGACAACAUGAUCCUCUUGUCACGGGGCUCACCUGUCUACUCGGGCCCCGUGGCCGAGUGCCUUCCGUGGUUCGACGGGCUGGGCUUGAGGAUGCCCUCGUUCGUCAACCCGGCUGAGCACCUGGUCGACCUCGCGGCCGUAGACAACCGCACCCCAGAGCUGGAGGCCGAGAGUCUGGCACGGGUGGAGCAGCUCAAGGGUGCGUGGAGGGAGGAGAAUGAGAGGCGUUUCGCGCCUACGGAAAAGGGCGCGGAGACACCGGCCGAGCGCGGUAUGAUGCUGAGCAAGCACACCAAUGCAACGUCCUUCACCCGCCAGAUGCGUGUCAUGACCUCGCGCACCUUGAAAACGACGUACAGAGACCCAAUGGGCAUGAUGGCCGCAAUCAUGCAAGCUGUCGUCAUGGGCCUGUGCACUGGAUAUAUCUUCUACCAGCUAGGGCGGGAUCAAGCUGGCAUCCGGUCGCGGCAGGGGUUCCUUUAUACCACCAGCGCGCUGGAAGGAUAUCUCUUCCUCGUCUUCGAGGUGUACCGGCUGACACAGGAGAUCGGCGUCUUCGACCGCGAGCACAGCGAGGGGUGUGCAACGGCACUGCCGUUCCUCGUCUCCCGCCGCAUCGCGAGGUUCGUCACCGAGGACUUUCCGGUGCCCCUGAUAUUCGCCGUCAUCAGCUACUGGAUGGCCGGGCUAGACCAGGCACCCUCACGCUUCCUGACGUACUUUGGUAUCGUGCUGCUCAACCACUACAUUGCCGUCACCUGUGCCAUGUGCUGCGUUACGGCCAGCAGGAAUUUCCCCGGUGCGAGUCUGAUUGCCAACUUAGCAUAUACGUUACAGUCGAUGGCAUGUGGAUAUUUUAUCCAGAGCAACAGUAUCGCGAUAUGGCUUCGCUGGCUCAAGUACUUGACUUAUACGUACUACAUCUUCAGUGCCCUUUGUGGAAACGAGUUCCACGACUCGUUCUACGACUGCCCAUAUCCGGGCGGCGAGGCCAACCCGUCCUGCGCACCGUACACCGGCUCAUAUAUCAUGAAGUCACUCGGUUUCCCGAGGGACUGGCUGAUCGCUCCGAUUGUCAUAGCGCUGGCCUUCGUGAUCUUCUUCUACCUCCUGUCGUGGGUCGGUCUCACCUUUGUGAAGAAGGAGAUGACCAUCGCACGGGCACGUGUAUCGGAGCACGACUACUCGACCGGCAAGGAGAAGCUGGCAGCGCGCUCGAUCGAGGAGAUCCGCACCAUCGACCUGGGGCUGGAGAAGUUCGCCCUCGACCUGGACAAGAGGUCACCGUGGGGCAGGAAGCUACCUAGGAAGACGAUCCUGCACCCGGUGACGUCGACGUUCGAGGCGGGCAAGCUCAACGUGAUCAUGGGGCCCAGCGGGAGCGGCAAGACAUCCUUGCUGAACGCCAUGGCGCUGCGCUUAAAAAGCUCUCUGGGCACCAGGUACCGCCCUGCUGGGAAGCUAACAUUCAACGGUGCCGAGCCGUCUGACUCGGUCAUCCGUUCGGUAUGCUCUUACGUCUGCCAGGACGACGAUGCUCUUCUCCCGUCGCUCACCGUCCGCGAGACACUGCGCUUUGCGGCCGGGCUCCGUCUGCCCAGUUUCAUGACCAAGGCGGAGAAGAACCGACGCGCCGAGGAGGUGUUGAUGAAGAUGGGGCUGAAGGACUGCGCCGAUAAUCUCAUCGGUAAUGAGCUGGUAAAGGGUAUCUCUGGGGGUGAGAAGCGCCGUGUGACGAUUGCUGUUCAGAUCUUGACGGACCCUCGCAUCUUGCUGUUGGACGAGCCGACCAGUGGGCUUGAUGCGUUCACGGCCAACUCGAUCAUGGAGGUGUUGAGCGGCCUGGCCAAUGAGGGUAGAACUCUGAUCCUGUCAAUCCAUCAGGCCCGGUCGGACCUGUUCAGCCACUUUGGCAAUGUGUUGCUGCUUGCCAGAGGUGGCAAGUCUGUGUACAGCGGAGCGGCAGGCGGGAUGCUGGGAUAUUUUGCGAGGGUUGGUAAGGAGUGCCCUCGCAACACCAACCCUGCCGACUUCGUGAUGGAUCUGAUCACGGUCGAUCUCCAGCAACAGAGUCGGGAAGAGGAGACGAGGAGAUCCGUCAAUGUGCUGAUCGAAGCGUGGGACAACAACCUCAAGAACCCCCAGGUCCCUGAUUCCCAGACGGCCGCGGCUCAGGAGAGGCUGGAGCCCAUCACCGAGGAGAAGACCAGUGGGUCUCCGCGCCUGUCCCGAGAUAGCAAACUCGCGGCCAGCACCAGUCAGCAAGGCCAGCCACGACGAUCCAAUGGGAAGAGCCAUCUCGCCACCCCCGCGGAGCUGGGCGCCCUCGUCCGCAAGCGCACCUCAUUCCUGACCUCGUUUCCGCUGCUGCUGCACCGAGCGACUAUCAACUUCCGACGCCAACCGCCGCUGAUCCUGGCACGGCUGAUGCAGGUGGUCGGGCUGGCGGUCGUGCUGACUGCCUUCUUCGCACCCCUCAAGUCAGACUACACUUCGGUGCAGAACCGUGUCGGGUUCGUGCAGCAGGUGAGCUCCUUCUACUUCGUGGGGAUGCUGCAGAACGUGGCCGUGUACCCAGCCGAGCGGGACGUCUUCUACCGCGAGCACGACGACGGCACGUACGGCGUCGAGGCCUUCCUCCUCACGUACACGACGCUCGAGCUGCCCUUUGAGAUCCUGUCGACGCUCAUCUAUGGCAUCCUGGGCGACCUGGCCGUGGGGUUCCCGCGGACCGCCGAGAUGUACUUUGUGUGCGUGUUCUCGUGCUUCGGCAUCGUCAGCUGUGGUGAGAGCCUGGGGAUCAUGUUUAACACGCUCUUCUCCGACCACACGGGCUUCGCCGUCACGCUGACCAGCAUCCUGCUCUCGGUGGCAAACAUCAUGGCGGGAAUCAUGAGCAUCGACAUGCCCCGCCUGUUUGACGCCUUCAACUACAUCAGCCCCUGCCGGUACGCAGUGCGCGCCCUGGCGCCGGUGAGCCUGCGGGGCCAGCGGUUCAGCUGCGACGCCGACCAGACGCUGCCCGACGGGAGCUGCGUGCUCGGCACGGGGGAGCAGGUGCUGGACCUGUACAAGCUGAACGUUGAUGUCGUGGUCAACAUUGCGGCGCUGGCGGGGAUCGUUGUUGGUUAUCGGGUUGUGGCAUAUCUGCUGCUGAGGCUGGUUCGUACCAAGUGGGAGAGGAGGGGCAAGCUGGUCAGAUAGAGGCGGGGUUGCGAUGCCUUCUUUUUACUCUCAAUGCGAUGGUCUGGUGCUGGCCGUUGUGCUUGGGUCAGACAGCAUGCGAUGUACCUCGU